GAGUCUCUCGGAACAGUUCACUUUCAGUCUUCCAACUGGUUAAAUUCGCUUUCCGUUUCCGACACCUGAAAUUAUCCAACGCUGAAAUUGAAAAAAAAUAGUGAUUGAGUGCGGAUAUUUGCGUGGAAAAGUGGAAACGCAGUAGGCACACCGUUGGAAUGGAACGGGAAACCUUUUAACAUGCGUAAAGUUUUUGAAGUUUGUGCGUGCAGAAAGCUUCCGGAAAUAGUGUUCGGAAACUACCAUCAACACUCCCCGGCUAAUGGAAGGAUUUGACUACGUAAUUCAACGGCCCCCGCAGCCGAAACUAUGCUUCGGCUCAACAAUCACUCGGGAGGCGGCCCCACUGGAAGGUCCGGCCCAGAGCAACAUUAUGCGGGCAACCAUGCCGGAACUGCUGGCCCCGGAACUGGCCCCCGGUUCCUAUAACAUUAGCUACUUUAGCAAGGUGUCCCACCCGGCCCUGAACGCCGGCAUCUACAGCAAAAGAGGCUUCGGACCAAUGGCAUCCCCAUCGCCUCGGUUUAAAACUGAUGAGGUAGUUAUCGGACCCUCGAUUGGGGAGUAUGACGCUUAUAAAACUAAACCCUUGAAACCGUCGGUGAAACCUUUUGGGUCAAGCAUUAGCCGGUGGCAGGAGAAACCCAAACUAGCUGUUCCUGGACCGGGAACGUACAUCGCGAAACAACGGAAAGACAUCAAGCGGCACUCGUUCGGAUCGCACAUCAAAGUGAUCCCGGCCACCCGGACGCUUUGCAAACCGGAAAACUUCGAUACCUGCCAGUGUUGCGCUAAAAAGCCGGAAGUUGAUUAUUGGAAAAACUUGAAAACCGAAAGAGUACUGUGUCGGGCUUGUAUGGAGAAGGAAGUGGAUGAUGCGAUCCGUCAUUCUCGGACGAAAUCGGUUAUGAUGAGUCGGUUGGCCGCCCUGAGGGAGUUCCGGAGGGUGCGGCAUUGCAGUUACUACCAUAGGCAUGAUAAAACAACGGCAGCGGUGCAGUUUGUGAGCAAUCGGGAUCUGAAACGCAAGUUCCAUAUCGAGAACUACCUUUCGAUGUUUGAAUAAAUUCUAGUUUAUUACUGUU